AUGGCCGCAGGCAGCCUCAACAAGACGGUGGAGGAGAAGACUCCGAACCGGACUCACAGUGAUGUCUUAGCUCCGCCCCCUUCAGUUUUCUCUGUGUUAACUCCCUGUCUUUGCUCCGCCCCUUCCUGCAGGUUCUUCCGGCAGAUCGUGGAGGCGCUGCGGUUCGUCCACGCGCACGGCGUCGUGCACAGAGACAUUAAAGACGAGAACAUCGUGGUGGACACCAGGACGCUGGAGGUCAAGGUCAUCGACUUCGGGUCCGGAGCGCCGCUGAAGGACUCAGCGUAUAACGAGUUUGAAGGUACGCGGGUCUACAGUCCACCUGAGUGGGUCCAGAGCCGGUCCUACCACGCSGUCCCGCUCAGCGUCUGGUCUCUGGGGGUCCUGCUCUUCGACAUGGUCUGCGGAGACAUCCCGUUCGAACGCGACCAGGACAUCAUCCAGGCCACGCCCCUCUUCACCAGGCGCGUCUCUAAAGAUUGUCAAGCUCUGAUUCGCUGGUGUCUGUCGUACCGGCCGGAGGCCCGCCCCUCGCUGGAGGACAUCCUGUCUCACCCCUGGAUGGAGGGAGGUGAGGAAGAGGAGGAGGAAGAGGAGGAGUCCAGCUCUCUGCCCAGCGUGUCCCUGUGAGGACCUGAACUGAGUCAGAACCAGAACUAAAGUCUGCUGCCGGCUCCGUAUUUAUUCAUUAUUUAUUAGUUUCUGAUCAGGUUCUGCUGCUGAGGCUCCGCCCCCUGCAGCUGAGGCUCCGCCUCCUCCUGGUUGGACUGUUUACACUGGUUCAGGUGACCUUUGACCCCCAGUAAAAAACUGAAGAUGUUU